AUGGCUGAUCUUGGUCCAACAGUUACAAUCGCCGAAACCAGCGUUUGUCUUCUCAUGAACUUCAUAUCGCUAAACGGGAAUCUUUUAGUGUGUUUAGCUGUUUAUAAAAACCCUCGCUUGCGAACCACGACUAACAUCUACAUUAUCGGAUUGGCACUAACCGACUUGCUUUCAGCCAUGUUCGUGAUGCCGUUUACUGCUGGCGUCCUCGUAACAAGAAAAUGGCCGUUUGGAAAUUUCUACUGCAACAUACAAGCGUUUCUAGUCAAUUUUGGACUAUUUACUUCCACUUCAAUCAUGGCACUCACAGCCUUCAACAGAUACAUGAGAAUUGUCCAUACAAACAGAUACAAUACUUUAUUUUCGAGAUUUAAAUCUCGCAUAUUACUGGGGACGUUUUGUAUCAUUAUAGCCUCGUAUAUCGCCAUACCAGGCUUGACUGGAUUGCAAAAUUUUGAAUUUGUUCCCGAGUAUGCCACCUGCCAUGUGACUCACGCGAGUGAGGAAGGCAUGAUAGUUCAUUAUUGCAUCGUUGUAUUCUUCUUUCUUGUUUUUCCAUUCAGUUUGGCGACAUUCUGUUACGUCAAGGUGUUUAGGACCAUUAAGAACCACAAUCUCGAAGUAGCCCCAAAUUUACAGUCGAGAAUUCGCGACGCUCACAUCACCGCCCAAGAGAUCAAAAUUUCAAAAUCUCUGUUCGUGGUUGUGAUAGGAUUCGGUAUGUGUUGGAUACCCGCAUGGAUUCUCGCUUUGCUAAUGCGCUUUAGUGCUUUUCCAUCUUUGCCCAGAGAAUUUUUUCUAAUUCACACUGCACUAGUCUUCCUAAGCAGCUCUACUAAUGUAUUCAUUUAUGCUGGAAUGAACAACUCGUUCAAAGCAGAAUUUCGACGUUUGCUGUCUUGUGAAAUUCGCGCCAAGUUAUCUGCCAAGGUUUCUCCGAAUUUUACUGGCCGUAGACCGAUCGACCAAGGACUACGGCGAAAAUUCAGUAGAUAAACCUGUAUUUGGAAUUUAGUCAGAUGGGUGGGGAUCAUUCAUUUCU